AUGGGCUACCAGGAAGGCGACAAGGACAAGGGUUGCAGUCUCUUCAAGCAGAGGUGUGCGCAGUGCCACACCCUCGAUGAAGCCGGCGGCAACAAGGUCGGACCUAAGCUUCACGGUCUCUUCGGCCGUACCUCGGGCCAGGUCGAGGGCUUCACCUACACCGACGCAAACAAGAAGAAGGGUGUGCUCUGGCAGGAAGACACGCUCUUUGAGUAUCUCGAGAACCCAAAGAAGUACAUUCCCGGUACAAAGAUGGCCUUUGGCGGUCUCAAGAAGCCCAAGGACCGAAACGACCUCAUCACAUACCUCAAGGAGGCUACUGCCUAA